CGCCCUAGAAAGUUCCGUGUGCUUCCUUGCCUUUAGCUCGACAGUGGUGCUGCUGCUGCUGAGCCUCAGCAGUGUGUGUGUAUGCGUGUGUGUGUGUGUGUAUGCGUGUGUGUGGAUGGUGGACUGACUGUUCCCGGUGAAAAAACACCGACCCCCCGGCCUCUUGAAAAUGCCUCACCGCCGCAUGUAAACGGGCGAAACUCGCGGAGGGGAGAGAGUCAGGUCUCCAGGCAGGUUUAGAGGAAAAUAAAGGCAGGAUGUUGCAAGUUUUAGCUUGUGGCGCCGUAGUUUUCCCGGGUCUCUUCUUCGCCUUCAGGAGAAUCCUGCCGUGUGUGUUCAAACACUGGAGCGAUGCCGACGUGGUGCUGGUCAGCGAGAGAGUGGUGUCCUCCAUCCACGCCAUCAUGGCAACCACGGCAGGAGUCAUCGUUGUGUCAUCAUGCCGGGGCAACGUCAUUAACGACAGGCACUGGCUGGCCACCUACUUUGUCAUCUGGUACGGUGUGCCCUACAUGACAUACGACAUCUUCGCCAUGUACCUCAGUCACUACCACCGCUUCCGCAUCAAAGGGCACGAGGACUACAAGCAGCAUUCACUGAGGACCAUAAACUCCUUCGUCCGCAGAGAGUUCCUGCUGGUGUUGCAUCAUAUCGCCCUGCUCACUAUCCUGCUGCCUGUAACACUGUUCUUCAGAAGGGACCAGGGGGAUUUCUUCAUUGGCUGCUUGUUUCUAACAGAGCUCAGCACGCCCUUCGUCUCCCUGGGGAAGAUACUUAUUCAGCUUAGCCUCCAGGAAUGCUGGCUGCACAAGGUCAAUGGCGGUAUGGUACUGCUCACCUUCUUUAUGUGCCGCAUCGCCCUCUUCCCCUACAUGUACUGGGUGUACGGCCACCACUACGGCAUCCCGCUCUACAGCGUGCCCUUCCAUCUGCCGCUGUCUGCCAACCUGGGCAACUUGUGCAUCCUGGCACCGCAGGUCUACUGGUUUGUCCUGCUUUGCCGAAAGGGCUACCGUCUGUACCGGCGUAGCCGUAUGCCAGACUCGUCUCCUGCGGCCACUGUCACUGACAAUUCUAAGGAUGAGUGAUCCAGUUCACGAUUACCCGCUCAAGCCGCACACUCAGCUACUAACGCAACUACUUCUGCAAAGGCACUAGUUUGACUUAACACAUUUCAAACCCCACCAUUGUACUGUAGUACACCAGGACUGCCUGCUCUUGUCCCACAACUCCUGGGCAUUUUCCGCACACUUUAACUCCUCUGUUACAAAUCUGCUGCCUAAGUGGACCUCUCCACCGAUCCAAUUCUACUACUGAAGUUUGAUGAUUUGGUUUUUUUGGGAUUUGGCUCUUGCCUGGAUCUUGUAGAAGUGCUAAUACUGCGUCUGUCAACAUUUACAACACUGAAGAAAGACCAUGUUUGCUUCACUGAGAGUAAAACAUGGAGUAAAAGCACCAGAAACUGAAGAAGAGCCUCCAUGGAGAGACAUUAUCUUAUCUCUUACGCCUACUGUGUUUACAGCCUCUGCUGAUUUGGAAGGUCUGUUACAGUGUGUGUGAGAGAGUUGCUGUUUUGACAGGUUGUAUUUAUUUUUAUGGUUUUGCUGUAAUGUGUCUGAUAGUGGCGUUUCCUCUCCCAUCCAUUCACUAAUCACACUGACGAGAAGGAUUAGGAAUUUUGGUGGGUGGGAUGUAAAUUCAGGCAAUAUUAGAAGGAAUAAUUGUGAGGAAUACAUGUCACCUCAUCCACAUUUGAAAGCUAAAACAGCUACAUUUGCUAACACCCCGUUAAUGUGAUAGGUUCUAACUUUUCACCUCUGUUUAUUUUGUUUGUAGUUUUCCAUUUUGUUUGCCAGUUUGCAAAUUUGCAGCAACAAUCCCACGUUCCUCAUUGUAACAUCCAGCACACUUUUAUGGCCCUGGCUCAUUUGUUUCCAGAAGCCAUCCCCUUCAACAGGGUGCUAGCUCUGUAUGCAUGGUGUAUCCCCAGGAAAUGCUGCUCUCAUGUUCUUGGGAAUGCUUUUACUUUCGUUUUAACAAAGUUGAACAUUUUCAACUGGCAAUAUCCUCCAUUGUUGGAGUUGGAGAAUGGUGACACCAACAAGGGAUUACCUCAGUUGUGGGAACCAUUCUUCAUUUUCCCAAAAUAAAUUUUUUUGAUUAAAUGCAUGGCAUAAAACAUGUCCCUGCUGGAUGCUUUUUUGGUCCAGACCUCAAAUCAGUCACCUUAAGAAAAAUACACACCAGACUGCUCAUAAUGUCUAAAUAAUAAUGUAAAGCCAUGAUAGGAUAAGAUGCGGCCCUCUGUUAGAAAAUAUUGUGUAUUUGGAUUAACUUACACCCAAGUGCAAGGAUUGGCGAAAUUCAGAUUUUGAAUUUGUGCUAGGUCUGUAUUGUUUGCAUAUGUAAGGGUUUUUACCCACUUUUACAGAGCAGAGGGUAACUUAGGUUUCUUGCUACUGAGAGAUUAAUCCUUUGAAUCCACAAUCUCUGUUUAGAUGACACUGGAGCAUUGCAGCUGCCAUAGAACGGGGUGAUGGGGGGACAUGGUAAUGCCUAAUGUGGGACGAACUCAGGGCCAAGGUCAGAGCAAUAAGCUGAGCAGUGGCUCGCCAGGGCAAACUUAUACAUAGGAUUGAAAUUUCUGAGCAACCAGCCACAAAACACUAAGGGUAUCUGGAGGGAUUAUUCCUGAAACAGAUCUAUAACAUCCAGUAACUGAUAAGUUUCCCUGAGGCUUCAGAUAUUUAUAUGCACUUGUGUAUCAGCUGUUGCAUUGAGCACUUCACACAGGGCUGUAUAUACUUCAUGUUAUUUGAGAUUUACAUACAUUUUAGUUUCAUCACAAAAAAAAAAUGUUUUGAAACUUAAACCUAUACCUAGACAUCGUAAUUAGACCUGAGAGGACCAUUGUUUUUAUUUUUUGUGGGCUUCACAGUUGCUUAAAGGCAUUUAUGAGAGAAAAUCACAUUAAGUCAAAUGCUUCACUUUUAAUCUUGAGAGUAUUAUUUCUUCAUAUCAAAGAAUAAAUAGAGGAUAUUAUUUUCAAAAGAAUGCUGCAGGGUCAGUUUCAUACACAAUCUAGACCCUGAGGUUAAUUUAACACCUUGGAUAACAUUCGUGGUCAUUCAAGCUUUAUAGUGAACUAACUGAUUAAGUAUACGUUAAUGGCCUUUUUUAUGUCCUGCAAAUUCAAUCUAUGCAAAAGAGGCUGCUGCGGUGCAUGUAUACAACACUAACGUCAAGUCAUAUCUGAUUGAUCCACACCUCAUUAUAUUAAGUUCUUAAAUUUUUGGGGACCAUACAUUUAUUUCUACUGUACAUUUAUUUCUACUGGGACUCCACACCACAAAUCAAGGCCUAAUGUUGCAUUUCAGUUGAGUUGGAAGUUGAAAAUUCUUUGCCUGUCUUUCAAAUUUACCUCACCUGUGUUUUGAUUAAUUCAAGUUCAUAUAAUGCUGAAAUAAAAAGUGUGUAUUGAUCAUUAUUAACAAAUUUUGUAGCAUAAACCAAAACGUUUACAGCUGCAGCUCAGUUGACAAGUCAGUUUUCCUGUUUGGAUACUGAUUUGAUAGGGCUGUCACUUUAAAAAAAAAAAAGAAGAAAAAAAUCAAGUUUUAAUACAACUAAUAUGAAAAUUAAUCAAUUUGAAUGAAACUCACUUAGCCUGAUCCUUAACUUUGUUGUAGAAUUGACAUAGCUAACAAGUUUUGUUGUCACAGUAAUGUUGCAUUUUUAAAAGGCAGCAAACAGCCUGACCUUUAUCCACAAUUUUUGUAUCUUUAAUCCAAAAUAUUUGCACACAUUACUUUCUCAGAUGGUUUUGUGUCUUCUUGAGUGACAACUGUGGGACCAUUGUGAAUGUGAAAACAUAGUGUAACAGUAGUACAAGUUAGAGGAAAGUCAUAAAACUGACUUGUAACAAUAUCUGAAGUUUUAUUUAACAUAAGCUAACAGCAGCCACCAUAAGCUACUGGUCACACCAGACCAAGUAAGGCUGCAGAAGCCGAAUGCAGUGUGCUGAAUUGAGCGAGGGGGUGUUUUAUUGCUUAAGAAUUCAACUUUUCAUUUGUGUGAGGAAGCUUGUGUUAUUUCUUCUUUCAUAAGUUACAUAGUCUCGCUUUAACGAAGAGAACAAUUGCCUAGUUUAGUGAUGGGAUCAAAGUGACAUUUUAGGAACACAAGGCACAAAAAGUGACAGUCCCAUGACUUGAAGGCUCUUUUUAUUCUCAAAUUAAAUUUUUCCCUGAAAGAAGUCAAACGUUUCAACUUUCAAGCAUCAAGACUGCUGAAAAGACCAGUGUGCCGCUCUUGCAUUGUGGGUUCUGUCAUGUUACUAUGCCCUGUGUGGGGGGUCUUGUUGUAAGUUUCUGCACUCCACUAUGGCAAACACACUGGUAUCCACGUCUGGUAGGAACAGCGGUGUAGGGAAAAGGUGAUGAGCCUUCUUGUUGGUAGACAAACAGUUUGCUGACAAGCAGUGUAAGGAUGAGGGCGUAAGGAGAGGCGAGGUGCUGAAUGAUGGACUUGUUUGUCCAUUGCUGACCAGGCCACUCUUACUGGAAACACCCCAGGCUUUGUUCUGCUUUCCGCUGAACUCACCAUUUAAUCUAUAAAUUAAAUGGUGGUUACCUCUCACUCUGACCUCCCCAAGAAAAACAUUUUAUUUUCAAAACAGCAUACAUUCAAGAUGCUGUGUUCAUCAGUUUUAUUCUUACACUUAAGUUUAUAAUGUAUCGAACAUCUUGUCUCCACUUUCACUGAAGUCAAAACCAAUGGUUGUCACUUUAGUCAACCAUUUUUAUUUUUGUAUUUAAGAUUAAAAGCUGCAGGCCAUUCCUUUUAAAUUGUGUCACCAACUUCUUAUCGUACUCCCUUCCAGCCUCCAUCAUCUCUGCUCGUGUCUUUCGUUUUAACUCAUCUUAGUCUCUUUGCUGAUGUGCUGCUCUGCAGUGAUAGAAAGUUGCUGAGCGUCAGCAGCGCAGAGUGAGCCCUCCCUCCUCUCUGCUGCCAUCUGUCGUCAGGAUUAUCUGCUUGUCCACUCAGCAGUUUACAGGCAGGACCAGUUGGGAUUAGCAGGGCCAGGCGGGCAUUUCCUAUUGAAAUUGUGCAUGUCUCUUAUGUAGUCUGCUGCCUUCAGAUACAUAUAUCUCAGUUUUUAGUGACCAUGAUGUCUCCCUCCACUAAAUACACAGAAAGAACUGACAUAUGGUGUUGUUUUAAUACUUUGGGAUAGCUUUCACCUGACAUUUUUAAAGAGCGAUACUGAUUAGAUUAAUGGUUGGUAGAAAAGCCUUUGAAACAGCAAUUAUACCAUUGUGACAAAAAAAAAACCUUUUGAGGUGUAGUAGCAAUUCCUUAACACUAAAGUCAAGUCUGUUGUGACAGUUUGUGCUUUGCAGAAAAUGCCCUCUUGACAUUUUUUUAGAAUAGCUUUUUUUGGAUUUUCAGAAAGUCACUUUAAACUCCCUGUUGCCCAGGACUCUGAUUUUGACAGGUCCAUUUGACAGUUGUGGAAACUGUCAAAUUUGACAGACAGUUAUGGAAAUGUAUGUCACAUUUGACAGAGUGUUGUGGGAACUGUUAGAUGGAUCAGUGGAGGAGAUUAAAUUUGAGGUUCAUUGUGCUGGACCAUUAAGAUUUUAACAGCAGUCUCUAGGCUUAGCUUUGAAAUCAUAAAAUAGGCCUAAAUAUAGAAAACAAAACAUUCCACAAUUAGAUUUAAUCAUCAAAAGUUCCCUAGUUUUUCCUUUUGAUUGCAACAGCUCUUUACUUAAGCAAUUCUUUCUUUUCAUUGUAUCCCUCUGGUAAAACCUGAGAAUCCCUCAGAAAGAAGGCAUGCAGAGUACACAUAUCUUUACAGGUAUCCUUUGUCACUUCAUAGAUUCUUAAUGUAGAAAGUCUUAAGUUCAUCCUCUUUGCUCAGGGUUUGAUGAAGUUUGAAGUUGUUAACGUGUGUGUAUAGAGGUUUAUUUUAGGACGAUGAAACUGAGACUGAUUCUGAAGAUGAUCACAUCUAGAAUUCUGUUUCUUUUCUAUGUUUUUUUUUUAGCUGUGUUUUUCUUAUAGAUUUUUCUUCUAUUUAUGCUGUCUGACAUGGCUUGUGAUACUUCAACUUCUAAGGGUUGGUAAACCAAAGACUGUCUGGCACUUGAGUUAAUCACAGUAACUAUAGUGAUAUGAAGAGAGAUCCAUUUGAUUUUCAGUAUUUUAGACAUGCUGUAGAUGAUGUGACCCACUUCUCAUUUAAAAACAUAACUAACCUCCAAUCGUAUCCUCUUUUUUUGGGUCCCAGAGCAUGACCAACUUGUUGGGUGUGUGAUGGAUGUUUCAUCGGAGGAUGUAGUGGAAAAAAUACAGAUUUACCUGCUGUUUAGUUGAUUGUCCACUAACACUCACAAUAUACAUACAGUACAUUUAACUCUACUGUAUGGGGCAGUGACAUUUUACUUCAUCAUUUUAGCACAUUGGUUGUGAAACUAUGUAAUGAUUAUACUGAUAAACUUUUCACAUAACACAAAAUUAAAGUUAAAAAAUAUAUGUUUUAUAUCCCUUGUACUUGUAUGUAAGGAGAUAAUUUAAUCGUGUGACUCUUGUUGAAUGGGAACAUAGACACCAAAAUUAACACAUGUACAGUGUUGGCUCUGCUGCACCAUGCUAAUGCUAUUUAGCAUAGGCCUAAACUAUGAGGAGCAAAAGUUGGCUUCUUGUUAACACUAUUUUGAGUGAGAGUUCAUGCCAUGCUAGCACUUUAUCUUACAUUGUUGAGUCAUAUCAAGCUCCAUGCUAACAGUUAAUAUAUGUUGAGAGGUGGUUUAGCACUAACACUUUAGCAUCCAUGAGUCCAUAUGAACACUUUAUCUUACACUGUUGAGGCAUAAUAAGUAAAUCCAAGCUAACACGUAAUUUAUGGUGAGUGGUUGUUCCAAGCCAGCACCUCAUCUCGCACUAUUAAGUCUAGCAGGUUUGAUGCUAAUACUUUAGCGCAAUAGUCAGCCUCGCUAACAUUAUUUUGAGUAAGACUGCACUCCAUGCUAACACUUAAGCACGUAGAACUAUAUGUUAAGUGGUUGCAUACUACAUGCUAACAUUGUAUCCUUUGAGUGGUAGCAAGCACCAUGCUAACACUUAAUAUAUCUUGAGUGGUAGUUGAAUCCAAGCCAACAACUUAUCACACACUAGUAUGUUAAGUGAUAGCAGGUUUGAUGCUAAUACUUUAGCGCAAUAGUCAGCCUCUUGCUAACAUUAUUUUGAAUGAGAGUACACUCCAUGCUAACACUUUAGCACACAGUACUAUUGAGUGGAUAUAAAUGACACGUUGACACUAGUAAUGAUAAGAUAAGUGAUAGUGGGCUCCAUGCUAAUACUUUAAUACAUGACUAUGUGUUUAGUGGUUGCAGACUACAUGCCGACAAUAUCACACACACUUAUCAAACAUGUAGCCCCUAUGCUAAUACUUUAGCAUAGGCCUACAAUACAUUGAGGCCACUGAACUUUUUAUUAUUACUGCAAACCAAUGACAUCCUUUGGGGCUAGCUUCUGUUCUGCUUUUGUUCCUCAGUAGAUUUUCUCAGAGAGUUUCUUUAUUCAGCAUUUUGUAAAGCUUAAACAUGUUCAUAUGAUUAUCUGUUAUAUUCUAAGCCAAAUGGGCCAAAUCUGCUAUUCUGAGCAUCUGCUAGUAAAUAUUUGAGCGCUUUGUCAUUUUAACAAUGAUUAAUUUGUUCACUUUCAUUUAGUUCAGCUCCCAUGAUGUUUUGACAGCCCCCCAGUAAGACAGAUGGAGAGAUGUUGGUGAAUGCUAACACCUUGUCAGAAAUGCUGAUUAAAGAAACUGUCUAUGAGAAGAAACAUUUAGGAACAGAGGAGGAAAUUAUAAAUGGGGCAGGACUUUGCCUCUCUACAUGGCUUGGAGUUGUUGCCAAUAAUGUUGCACCCGUUAAAUGUACACUGCUUUUACAUUUUAAUUAAACUGUAUGAGAACUCCUUAUCAUCUGACGGUAAAUGGCAUGUAUCUUUUUGAGGUGCUGUAAAUAGCACAGUAGUCUACGACCAGGGAAACAGCCAUGGCAAAUUUUGGUGUCUUAUGUUCCCAUCAUUUAAAGGGCAAGUUGACAAAGACACAUGGUAAAUCCUUUGUCAUUUUACAUCCAAAGUGAUACAAAAAUAACACACUGAUAUGCUAAACUGAUAUGCUUUAGGUCAUACUCAUGUUUGGAGUUUCUGUGGAUUGUUGAGAUGUGAAUGGGAAUGAUAACUUGCAUGUGGGAUCUCUUCUGCCCCCAUGACACAUUUUGUACAAUUUUGCUGCUUUGUAUUCACACAUCGAUUCAGGGUUGGUCCCUCUGUCCUAGGCAGUGCAGGAUUUGGGCUGGGGGUAGGUUAGCAGCCAGUAUUAGGCAUUCCCACUGACUUGCUACACAGUGGAUUUUGGUCAAGGCUGAAUGAAGGUUUUAAAGUUAGAAUGGGUUUAAAAAUUGCGGUCUAAUGCCACGUUCAUGUCAUGUUGGAUGUAAAUAAGAGCUGAUGGAUGGAGAGUAACUUUCACAUCAUCUUGUGCUGGGAUCAGACUACACAAUAUAAGCCCAAUAAUGCGGACAACAAUUGCUCUUUUUACCCACCGUGUAGUUUGUCGUAGCGGCAACCGACCCAGCAUCUGGGACGCCUCACAAUGUAACGACAAAAAGACUAGCAUGUGGUCAUAUUUUUUUUGCCUUCUCUGACCUAGUUUGACAACUUUUAUGACCGUGAUGGUGACCCAUAGAAGCACAGAUCGCCCCUCCAUGCACAACUGUAAAGACAAAGAAGUGAAUGAUUUUGUGGGUGACAUCAGGUGGAUGAGUGAAGUCAGUCCCUGGCACCUCCUUUCCCAUCACAAAUGUACGGCAAGCUAUGAUUGGUCCAUAGUGUAGUCUGCCAUGUUUCUUGGCCAAGUCUCAGCAAUAUGCUGACACAGUGACCGUCUCAAAAGGCGUAAAUAUCGUGUAGUCUGAUCCCGGCAUUAGUAGUAAUUACAAGUGGAACAUGUCAUUUUUUGCAGGGUUUGUCAUCACUCAAUUGGUGUCAAUUGCAAAGUGCUUCUAACAGUAGAAAAUACACAGAUCAUUAGUAAAAAAAAAUUCAGUUAUAAUCACACAUAUAUACAAUCAGCUCUACUUAUAACACCUAAACCGAUGUCUUCAAACAUGUAGCAAUGAUAUUCUGUUGUUUGGGUUCUUCUGAUAUGAUAUGAAUGCAGUAUUAGGCUAAUGAACUGCACAAAAAAUGACUUUGAAACUUACAGAUUUCGGAUGAGCUUGGAAUUUAAGCGCUGCAAAACUGUGUUGCUGGGACUGAUUUUGAUCCGUGGACAGUGAACCAAAUUUGGUCUCCAGUGCCUUGUGAAAAAUCUAUUUGUGAUACCCACAAAACUCGGUAUGAAAGAGCUACGUUGGCAGGCAGUGUUUACAGGUUGUGGCUGUAUUUAUCAUGUUAAUUGUCAUCAUCCUGAAGGAGAAUUACUGUUUCAUUACUGUCAUUUUUGGUGUUCACAAGAGUCAUCAAGAAAAGUCUCAUUGUUUGUUUUAAAAAUCAUAUCAUUCAUAUUUUAACUAUAUUUUAACUGGUUAAAGCAAUUUGAAACAAAUUGCUAUGCAUUUACUGCUAGAAUGAACUUCCUUUGAUUCUGUUGAAAUUAAGGCCUUUAAAUUAAUAUUUUGUAGUAUUUCAUAUUUUGUAGCAUUUAAUCUAUAUUUUCAAAUGAUCGAGCAAAUCCCAUACUUUUGUUUUUCUGAAUGGAUAUGCAUAAUUUAAGGUUGAAACCCUUUAAGGAAUAGAUAUAUUGUAGUCAUGAAUUUGUUUGCUGUGCUUCUGUUGUUUUAGACCUUUCACCUGUCAGUUUGGUGGAUGUGUAGGCUAUGUUUUGGAGAUUUGGAUUUUAAUCUUGACCUGCUGUCCAUAUCACUCAUGGGUGUGUAACUGACUUAAAUGCAGCACCUUCACAACCUUUUAACACUUCCUGCCCCACAUUAUUUUUGAUAGCAUUCUAAUUUUUCAUACAUAUAUAUCAGAUUUGAAGCAUCUGUCCUUUUUUUGUAGCGUGACCCGUUUUUGAGGAAAUUUCCUAUCUGAAAAGAGCCUGGACUGUUUUACGAAAUAGCUUAAAAUGAUUGAUGUAAGAGGAGUUAUGUACUGUAGCUGCAACUUGUGAAUUCAGAGCACCCCUUUAAAUAAAUUUGAUUUGAUAGAC